UCCCGUCAGGUACUGGUCGACACGAUAGGCGAAUGCUUCGGCGUGAUCUUCUCCAGCUUCCUCCUGGACCUGGGAACCGACCUCACCACGAGCAGCUGGAUCUUCAACGUCGCCAACUUCUUGUGGUCCAUCACAGGCCCGUUCCUGGGACCACUCGAAGGCGAAUUCGGCUGGAGGAUCGUGGCGCUGGGGGCCUCCGUCGUCCUCGCUGCCGGGACGGUGAUGUCGGCCUUUGUCACCUCCGCUGGGAUGCUGUUCCUCACUUACAGCACGUUUGUGGGUCUUGGCUGCGGUGUCCUAUACAACAUUAGUUGUAUGAUCGUGCCGUUCUACUUCAACAAACGGCGAGGCCUGGCCAACGGAGUCCUCAUGGCCUGGGAGGGGGGCGGCCAGUUCCUGGGGCCUCCUCUCAUCAACUUCCUUCAGACACAGUACGGGUUUCGAGGCGCUACGCUAGUGCUGGGAGCUGUCGUCUUUAACUGCGCUGUCGGAGCUGCAGUUUUCCAUCCGGUUGAGUGGCAUUUGAAGCCUUUGGAGAAGUCAGAGGGCGUGAAGCCAGAGUCCUCACAAGAAAAUGUUUCUGAUUCAUCCACGUUAUCAAACGAGAGUCCAGAUUCUCAGACAUCUGCAGAAAAUGUCCUUAGCAGGCAACCACAAGAAGAAAAGCCAAAAUCUCCCUGGUCACCAGAUACAGUCAGGCAAGCUAUCCAGUCGCAGGAGCAAGUUCCACAAGCCCAUCGUUUACCAGACGGAAUUCCAGAGCUCCAGAAGUCGCCACAUCCUGCUGCCAAAGAGAAUACCAAAAAGCAGGAAGAUUCAACUAUAGUUCGUCUGAUCAAAGCCACGCUGGCGGACCUUUGCAUCCUGAAACACGCGAGAGCUGUCGUCAUCGCCAUCAGCAUAACACUCACCCUCAACGCCAACGAGAACUUCAUAAACGUCCUAACCUUCGCCAUGCAAGAGGCCGGCCACAGCCUGCAAGACGUCGCAACAGGAGUCUCGGUGGCGGCCCUAUGCGGCAUGCUGAUCCGCGUCAUCCUGUCGCCGCUCACGGACUUGCCCAAGUUCAACAAGAGGGUUUUCUUCAUGUUGGGCAGCCUCGUUGUCGCCCUUUCAAUGCUAGCCUUUACGCAAAUAGAGGACGUCCUGUGGCUGACGGUCGUCCUAGCAGUGUGGGGCAUCGGCGAAGGGAUCAUCAUGAGCAUCUACGUUCUAAUCAUGAUCGACUACAUGGGACUGGACGACUUCGUGCCGACGUUUGGGGCGACGAUGCUUGUUGUGUCUAUCGGUUACCUCGUUAUCGGCCCCAUCCCAGGUUAUGUCCGCGACGCCACAGAGCUACACCGCCAGCAUUAG